ACAUGAGCGGAGGAGACUACGAGAGCGGUGACUACUUUAUGCGCAGUCGGAAGGUGCGCGAUAGACCGCCGCUGUGGGACUCCUUCCAGGACCCACCAUCCAGGAAGACGAGCGGCUCCGACGUCGACUGGAAGAAGCUGCAUUUCUUCCUUAAGCUCUUCAAGCUCUGCGUCUACCUGCUGGUCUUCGCGGUGGUUCUUGCCACGAGCGUGUUCGCCAAGCUGCUUUAUCUCUACAUGGCCGGAAACACAGGCGGCAGCGGACCGCGAGUGCAAGUGUGCAGCAAGUAUCUUCUGCGACACGGCCAGGUGGAGGCGGUCUCCAGUGAGCUGGACCAAAUCGCCUGGGUCUGGGCGCUGAUAUUUGCCUUCGCCGCCCCCGAGCUGCUCACCUUUCUGCGCGCCCUCCGCAUCUGCAUGUUCAAGCGGGAGCAGAGACCCAGUGGACUGGAAGUGGGACUGGUCACGCUCUUCGAGCUGCUGCACGUCGUGGGUUUGGCCCUGCUCACCUUCACCGUGCUCCCUGCCUUGGAUGUGACUCGCGGUGCCAUUCUCGGCUGCUGCGUCUGCUUCGUGCCCGCCCUGCUGAACUUGCUGACGGGCACGCGGGUGCAAUGGAGGUCGGCGGACAGCCUGGUCCUCGGCCUCUCCAUCCUGGCCCUCGUUGCACAGGGCAGCGUCUUCCUGGUCUGGCCCUCCAUGAGCGACAGCCUGGAGGUGCAGCUCCUGGCCCUCCCGCUACUCCUCGUCUCGUUCCGCUGGUGGGAGAACUUCGCCAACACCCAUGAGGCCAUCGCAUACAUCAUUCGUACUAUCCGCUGCACCCGCUCCCGCUACCACACCUACCUUUACCUGGCGCCCCUGAAGGUGGUGGUCUUCGCGGGGGUGGGCUUCCUUCUCCACGGACAGGAAUUUGUUCAGUACUUCAGCCGUUUCCUGGAUGCCUGGCAGCCGCACCUCAUCACGCUGGUGCAGAGUGGCGGCGACCCCGAUGCGCUGAUUGCGGCGCAGACGAACUCAUCAAUCAGGGCGCCGCCGCCGAGGACGCAGUUCACCAUGCAGUCGAGUCCGAACGCGGUGGUCUACGCACUGGUUGCCCAGGUGGGGGCAGCGUACCUGAGCCACGUCUUUGGCAAGUUCGCCUGCAAAAUCAAGAUCCAGGUGUUCAGCUUUGCGCUGCCCCUCAGCCUGGCGGGACCUGCCUCCGUGGUCCUGGCCACCGUGCUCGCCCAGCUGCGGGCCGCGGAUCCCUGCGCUCUCCACGGCCUCCUGCCGGACUACCUGGCGCUCCGAGCACUGGCUGGAAAUACAGAGGAGCUGGGCGAGCAGUGCCUCAACUGGGCCCUCUGGCUGUGGCCCCUGUGGAUGCUGGCGCAGCUCUGGACCUGCCUGCACGUCUGGCAGCCGCGCAACGACAAGAACGCGCAAACCGAGAAGCUCUUCGUGUGUCCGUGGUACUGCGGACUUCUGGUGGACCAGUGCUCCCUGAUGAACCGCAGGAUCGUGGACUGGAGCGAGGAGUACCUGGCCAUCAAGAGCGACCUCACCACGCCCAGGGAUCCCGUGGUGGCCCUGGCAGGAGACGUCAAUGCCAGCAGGGACAUCCUGGAGGAGGACAAGGUGCCGCAGCUGAUUGUGUGCGCCACCAUGUGGCACGAGACCGAGGACGAGAUGAUGGAGUUCCUCAAGUCAAUUGUCCGCUUGGAUGAGGAUCAAUGCGCCCGCCGCAUGGCGAGGACGCACCUGAAUGGCGGAAAGGCGGACGACGAGUACUAUGAAUUGGAGACAAACAUAUUCUUCGACGAUGCCUUCGUCUUGGACCCUCGCCAGUGCCAGAACAAGCGCAACCCGCCGAUCAACGAGUACGUGAAGACCCUGACCCGCACCAUCGACAAGGCCGCCUUCGAGGUGUACGGAGUCGCGAUCCGGAUGAAGCCGCCCCUGAAAAUAGAGACGCCCUACGGCGGACGGCUGGUGUGGACCCUGCCCGGGCGCACCAAGAUGGUGGCCCACCUGAAGAACAAGGACAAGAUCCGGCACAAGAAGCGCUGGUCGCAGGUGAUGUACAUGUACUACCUGCUGGGCUACCGGAUCAUGGAGACGGAGCAGCUGUCGCCGCGCCGCAAGGCGGUCAUCGCGGAGAACACCUUUAUCCUGGCCCUGGACGGGGACAUCGACUUCCAGCCGCGGGCGGUGCAGCUGCUGAUCGACCGGAUGAAGGCCGUUGACGAGCUGGGCGCCGCCUGCGGGCGGAUCCAUCCGGUGGGCAGGGGGCCGAUGGUGUGGUACCAGCGCUUCGAGUACGCCAUCGGCCAUUGGCUUCAGAAGGCCACGGAGCACGUGAUCGGGUGCGUCCUCUGCAGCCCAGGGUGCUUCAGCCUCUUCCGAGCGAGUGCGCUGAUGGACAACAGCGUGAUGAAGCGCUACACGAUGGUCAGCUCGGAGGCCAUGAAGAUGGUGCAGUACGACCAGGGCGAGGACCGAUGGCUGUGCACCCUGCUCCUGAAGGCCGGCUCCCGGGUGGAGUACUGCGCCGCCUCGGACGCCUACACCCAUGCUCCGGAGAGCUUCAACGAGUUCUACAACCAGCGCCGCCGCUGGGUGCCCUCCACCAUCGCCAACAUCUUCGACAUCCUGGCGGACGCGGAGACGGUGGUGCGGAGGAACAACUCCAUCUCCACGAUGUACGUGUGGUACCAGGGCAUGCUGAUGAUCGGAACAGUGCUCGGCCCUGGGACAAUCUUCCUCAUGAUGGUCGGCGCUCUGGUGGCCGUCUUCUCCAUCGACAUCUGGACCGCCUUCCUGUGGAACUUCUUCCCGAUCAUCUCCUUCAUCCUGGCCUGCGUCUACCUCAAGCAGAAGUUCCAGCUGCUGAUCGCGUUCGUCAUCAGCACGCUCUACUGCCUGGUCAUGAUGGCCGUCCUCAUCGGCAUUAUCGUGCAGAUGCUGGAGGACGGACCCCUGGCUCCCGCCUCGCUCUUCUUCCUUCUCGUCGCCGUGCAGAUCACAAUCGCAGGCUUCAUGCAUCCGCAAGAGUUCUGGGCUCUGCUGUGCGGGGUCAUCUACUACAUCACGAUCCCCUCGAUGUACAUGCUGCUGAUGAUCUUCUCGGUGUUCAACAUGAACGACGUCUCGUGGGGAACGCGGGAGGCGCCGGUGCUGAAGGACGACGGCAAUGAGGCGCCCAGCGAUGCGGAGAACCACCUGCCCGGCUGGCUGAACGACCCGCUGCUUAUCCACUCGGAGCUGGGCGAGGUGUCGCUGAUGGAGCAGCGCUUCUGGAAGGACCUCAUCAAGCAGUACCUGAAGCCGCUCGAGCUGAGUCGCGAGCAGAAGCAGGCGAUGGCCGACGGGCUCAAGGAGCUGCGGAACAUGAUCGCCUUCGCCUUCGUGAUGGUGAACGCCAUCUUCGUGCUGAUAGUGUUCCUGCUGCAGCUGAAGAAGGAGUUCCUCCACCUCAAGUGGCCUAUCGAUCCCACGGACUUCGUGUCCUUUGAUAGGGACAACCUGAUGGUGGGCAUCUACCGGCAGUACAAGGAACUCGACCCCAUCGGCCUUUGCUUCGUGAUAUUCUUCGGGCUGAUCCUCAUCAUCCAGUUCCUGGCCAUGUUCUUCCACCGCUUCGCCACCCUCUGCCAGCUGCUGGCCACCACCAGGGUGGACUGGUUCCGCUCCGGAGGGCAGUUCACGGACGAGGACGCCGCCACUGAGCUGAAAGGCAGUGCGGUAAACAUCGCCCGCAGGCUGCAGCGACCCAAGAGGCUCUUCGACGACGACGAGGAUGGGGAGGGGGAGCACCCCCACUACGACGAGGUGCUGAUGGAGGGGGCGGAAGCGGAGCACCGCGAGAGCAUGGUGCGCCGCCAGACGAUCUUCCGGCUGCACGAGACGCGCAACAAGCCGCACGGCGACUACAGCAACCUGGUGCUCAACUUCGAGCGCCGCUUCUUCGGCGACGACGAGCUGAACCUCAAGAACCUGGCCCUCAACCGCAAGUCCGUCAAGCUGCUCCAAGCUCGCCGCUCGGAGGCGAAGGUCAAUGCAGCUGCCACGCCCGGCGGCACGCCCACCCCCAAGAACGGGCGGCGACCGCCCCAGGUGCCCAAGAAGGUCAGCUUCUCGUCCGCGAACCGGAACAGCAUGGCGAUCUACGACAACGGUGGCUACGAGCACACCGAGUUCUAAGGGGGUCCUUCAAGUAUUUACCAGAGAAUCUUUUAAGCGUACUAUUAUUCCUCCCCAAAGGGUGUGUUGGAAAACUUUGUAGCUAGCUAUUUAUUCCUUUACAUAUAAUCACUUUUACAUUCAAUCUAUUCUUAGAAAUUUAAGUUUAUAUUGUUACCUAUUUCCCACUUCCAUUUUGUUGAAUUAUCUUAAUCGAAUUUAUCGACAGCUUAAUUCUUAAAAGGUUGUGUGUUGAAACAACAUUUUUUAUUAUUCACAACAUAUCAUAUUUCUUUCCAGUUUCACUUUCAAACUUCUGGUAGGAUUUCACGUUGCGAAGAUUUUAUUAUUUACUAUUCCAACUUGAUGGAUUACCGAGCCCAAAUUUAUCGAAAUGAAACUUAGAAAGUUGUGACAGUUCAGAGUAAUUAACAACCUAAUUAAUAGACUUCAAAGUCCAGAGUUUUCCGAAGCACCCACUAUAUCUCUAUAUCCUCAUGCGAUUGUACAAUCGAAUCCCCAAGGCUCUUGGUGGCGUAAAAAAUAUAAUUAAUUGCAUUUAA